UUCGUCUCGGCCAAUCUCACUUUCUUUAAUAUUUUCAAAUCCCAAUCCUCUUUGUUUAAGUCCUUCCAAACGAUCCCUAAUUCCACAGACCGCAUCGACGGAUUUCUGCAUUUCGAUGCCGUAACAUAUCGGUGCCGGCACCGUUUACUGCGUUUCGGUCACAGAUUCUCGUAUAGCUAUGGAUAGCCUGAGAUUGAAGCCGAAGCUGAUGAUGCUUCAUUUGUUUUUGUUGCUGUCUUUCCUUGUUCCGAAUUUCGACUGCUGCUUCGCUCUUCGCUCUGAAGGUUUGGCUCUGUUGAGCUUCCGAGAGCGGGUGGAGAGCGAUCCAUUUGGUGCUUUGUCGAAUUGGAACGGCGAUGAUCUGUGUUCCUGGUUUGGAGUUACGUGCUUGGAUGGCAGAGUUGUAAUUCUGAACUUGCGAGAUCUCUGUCUUGUGGGGACACUGGCACCUGAGCUUGGGAAGCUUCGUCACAUUAGAUCUCUUAUCUUACACAAUAAUUCUUUCUUUGGGACCAUUCCAAAAGAAAUUGGAGAACUUGAGGAGCUUGAAGUAUUGGACUUGAGACGCAAUGAUCUCAGCGGGCCGCUUCCACCUGAAAUUGGCAGUAUCUUGCCCCUGGGAAUCCUCCUACUCAGCGACAAUAGGCUCUUGGGAACCAUGUCUCCUGAACUUCAUAAGCUCAGUAUGCGUUCGGAGCUUUACGUGAAUGAGGGCAUGUUAUCUGACGAUGCACAAGAGGCAUGCUGGUACAGAGGAUCCAUUACAAGGGAUGUUGAUGAGCAGGUUGAAGAUGCUGGUGAUCGGAGAUUACUGCAGGCUACGCCUGCUCCCUCGAAUGGAAGACAUCAUAGAAAUAGGAAAGGGGAGCCUCCUACGUCAUCACCAUCACCAUCGCCAGCGCCAGCGCCAUCGCCGUCCCUGUUGCCAUCUCCACCAAUUUCAUUGCCACCAACGGUCACAGGCUUCUUUCUCCAACCUACGUCUUCACCUGCGCCUGCUCCAGCAGAUGGCCCACCUUCUCCUGCUCCAGCAGAACCUACCAACACUGUUCCUAUGCCACCUUCUCUUUCAUCCCCCGUGCCUUCCCCCUCUGGGAGUGCCCCGCAAUCAGAAGCACUGUUUCCUCAAUCGAAGCGGCAUAAAUUUUCAUGGAUGAUUUACGUGUUUGUAGGUUUAGGGGCUUUCAUUCUUUUUAGUAUUUUGUCCAUCGGCAUUAUCUUUUGUCGAAACAGUAGGGUGGUCACCGUGAGACCAUGGACCACAGGCUUAAGUGGGCAACUGCAGAAAGCAUUCGUUACAGGUGUACCUAGUCUCAAACGAUCAGAGCUUGAAACUGCUUGUGAAGACUUCAGUAACAUCAUCGGUUGUUCAUCUGAUAGCACAGUAUACAAGGGGACACUAUCAAGUGGGGUUGAAAUAGCGGUGGCAUCUACUGCAGUGAAAUCUGCCAAGGAAUGGCCGAAACAUUCAGAAGGCCAAUUCAGGAAGAAGAUCGCCACAUUGUCAAAAAUAAAUCACAAGAACUUUGUGAACCUUCUUGGAUACUGUGAGGAGGAGGUGCCUUUUACUAGGAUGAUGGUUUUUGAGUAUGCUCCGAACGGGACGCUCUUUGAGCAUCUGCACAUAAAAGAAUCAGAACACCUGGACUGGGCCACACGAGUGCGGAUUGCAAUGGGAAUGGCGUAUUGCCUCGAGUACAUGCACCAACUGGACCCGCCUAUAGUUCACAAAUAUUUACACUCAACAACCAUCUAUCUAACUGAUGACUAUGCUGCAAAGAUCUCAGAUUUCAGCUUUUGGAAUGAAAAGGCUACUGUCAAAACCAGCUCAGGUGAAGCAGGACACCCAGAUACAACAUCAUCAGAUCCUGAGAGCAAUGUAUACAGCUUUGGGAAAAUCUUGUUAGAGAUGAUGACAGGUAAGCUCCCAUAUGCAGAAAAUGCAGGGCUAAUCAUCGAAUGGACAUCGGACUACUUGAGAGGUGAACGGUCAAUCACAGCCAUGAUGGACCCGACCCUGAAAUCAUUCCAAGAAGAGGAGGCCAGAGCUCUAUGUAAGGUGAUGCUAUCUUGUAUCAAUCCUGACCGGAAGCAGAGACCGACGAUGAGAGAGGUGGCUGCCCAAUUGAAAGAAAUAACAGCAAUGCCACCUGAUGGAGCAACACCGAGGAUAUCUCCUCUCUGGUGGGCGGAGCUAGAGAUUCUUUCUUCUUCAGAUGCAAGUUAGAGAGUAAAGGUGAGAUAAUAAAUGGGUGUUUGGCGACGCGGAAAAGUACAAUUCUGGAAAGGAAUUAAUCCUUUUUCCAGUGUCGUUUCCUACGUUCGGACGUAGAAACGGUUAGAAACGGUUUCCAGACACCGUUUUGAGGGGAAUGAAUUCCUUCUCGGAAUUACAUUUGCAGUACCUUGUAGAAUCUCUAUAUUUGAGAAUUUGUUUCGUGGUUGCCAAACACACCAAAUUCAAGACCAAAAGCUAAACAGUUAUUCUUUGUGUUUUCAAACGGAGAAGCGGUUGUGGUUUGUUACUACUAUUCUAUGAUCAUGUGCAUAGGUAGUUGGGUUGUGGAAUGAUGGUAUUGUAUAUAUGUAGUAUAUAUACGGUAGAUAUACAGUAGGUAGAGUGAUGGCUUGGUGUAUUUUGUUUGUAUUGUUUUGCUGUGCAGGACUUCAUGUAUACGGUUGGAAUACAUGAAAGUGCAUGAUACCGUAUGUACUUGAGAAAAUGAAUAACAAGUGUUAUUUUUCA